AGAGGAGGAGGGAGAGGAGAGAGAGAGAGAGGGAGAGGGAGAGGGAGAAGGAGAGGAGAGGAGAGUGCUUCUUGACUCAGGUCAUAUUAGAGCAGAGGGUUAGGGAUAUAGUCUGGUUCAGAAGAGAGAGAAAGAGGGAGAAAAAAGAGAGAGAGAGAGAGAACACUUCUAUAUAAAGAAAGCAUCCGGGAUCGACGCGGAGUGUGUCCGUAUCGAGGAGAUCCCGACGGAGUGUGUGUCACACCUACCCCGCUUCAGAGACAACGCUCUGCAGUCUGAUCAGGGAAACAUUGCCAUGACAGCGCCGGGAUGCCAUGCAGGGUGGCAGGGGAGCACCGUGCUGCUACUGGGAGCCCUCCUGGGACUGGGACACGCCAUGAUCAAAGAGGAGAGACACAAACUCAGGGAUCAAGUAUUGGAGAUGUUUGACCACGCAUAUCAAAACUAUAUGGACCACGCCUACCCUGCUGACGAGCUGAUGCCUCUGACUUGCCGGGGCCGGGUUCGAGGGCUGGAGCCGAGUCGAGGGGAUGUGGACGAUGCGCUGGGCAAGUUCUCCUUGACGCUGAUUGACACAAUGGACACUCUGGCGGUGCUGAAUAAGCCUGCGGAGUUCGAGGAGGCAGUGCGGAGGGUUCUGCGUGAUGUGCGGCUGGAUAACGACAUUGUGGUGUCUGUGUUCGAGACCAACAUCCGAGUGCUGGGGGGUCUGCUGGGCGGGCACUCCAUGGCCCUGAUGCUGCGUGACAGGGGACGCUACAUGCCCUGGUACCAGGAUGAGCUGCUCAGCAUGGCUAAGGAGCUGGGGCUGCGUCUGCUGCCUGCCUUCAACACCUCCAGUGGACUGCCCUACCCCCGGAUCAAUCUGAAGCACGGGCUGCACAGCCCUGAGUCCCGCACCGGCACGGAGACAGACACCUGCACCGCCUGCGCCGGGACCAUGAUACUGGAGUUCGCUGCCCUGAGUCGCUUCACUGGAGAGCCGGUCUUCGAGGCACAUGCGCGCAGAGCCCUGGACUUCCUGUGGGAGAAGCGGCAGCGCAACAGCAACCUGGUGGGAACCACGAUCAACAUCCACACUGGAGACUGGGUGCGGAGAGACAGCGGUGUGGGGGCUGGAAUCGACUCCUAUUACGAGUACCUGCUGAAGGCUUACAUCCUGCUGGGAGAUGACAGCUACCUGGAGCGCUUCAACACUCACUACUCCUCCAUCAUGAAGUACAUCAGCCAGCCUCCACUCCUGCUGGACGUGCACAUCCACAAACCCCUGCUGAACGCGCGCACCUGGAUGGACUCGCUGCUCGCCUUCUUCCCAGGACUGCAGGUGCUGAAAGGGGACAUUAAGCCUGCGAUCGAGACGCACGAGAUGCUCUACCAGGUCAUCAAGAAGCACAACUUCCUGCCGGAGGCCUUCACCACAGACUUCAGGGUGCACUGGGGCCAGCACCCCCUGCGCCCCGAGUUCGCUGAGAGCACCUACUUCCUGUACAAGGCCACAGGAGACCCCUACUACCUGGAGACGGGGAAGACCAUCCUGGAGAACCUGAACAAGUUCGCCCGAGUUCCCUGUGGCUUCGCUGCCAUGAAAGACGUGCGGACCGGCAGCCACGAGGACCGCAUGGACUCGUUCUUCCUUGCUGAGAUGUUCAAGUACCUGUUCCUGCUCUUUGCUGACAAGGAGGACCUGCUGUUUGACAUGGACCACUACCUGUUCACCACCGAGGCCCACCUGCUGCCCCUCUCGCUGUCCACCUGCAACCACACUGGAACCCAGAGGAACACGACUGCCCAGGAGCUGCUGAAUCUGGCUGAUCUGAACGACCAGGUAACUUCGACUGGUCCUGUCCCCAACACACAGGGGCUGUUUCCCAAACGGAACCCUGCCUUCGCACACAGCAUCCGAGAACCAAUCAAGAACACGGUGGACAAGAGCUGCCCCCGGCCCGGGCCCCGCGGGGACUCUGGCCCGCAGCCCCCCCUCCGAGCGAGGGACUUCAUGGCGAACAGUCCCGAGCAGCUGGAGCUCCUGCGCAGGAUGGGGGUCAGUCUGAUCCACCUGAAGGAUGGCCGAGUGCAGCUGGUGCAGCACGCCACGCAGGCUGACAGUGCUGUUGAUGCGGAGGACGGCUUGCGCUUCAUGCAGGAGAUGAUAGAACUCUCCAGCCAGCAGCAGAAGGAGCAGCUCCCCCCUCGUGCUGUGCAAAUCAUCUCGCACCCCUUCUUCGGCAAAGUGGUACUGACCGCGGGACCUGCACAGUUUGGGCUGGACCUUUUCAAAAGCAAUGCAGGGGCGCGGGGGUCUGUGGCGCUGACAGAGCCCUUCAAUGCCUGCUCUGAGGUGACCAACCCAGACCUGCUGGCCGGGCGCAUCGCUCUUGUGCAGAGGGGCCAGUGCAUGUUCGCAGAGAAGGCGAGGAGCAUCCAGCGAGCUGGAGCCAUAGGGGGCAUUGUCAUUGAUGAUAACGAGGGCAGCAGCAGUGACACGGCACCCCUCUUCCAGAUGGCGGGGGAUGGGAAGAGCACUGAUGACAUCACCAUCCCACUCCUCUUCCUGUUCAACAAGGAGGGCAAAAUCAUCCUGGAUGCGCUGAGAGAGUACAGAGAGGUGGAGGUGCUGCUGUCUGACAGAGCCAGGGACAGAGAUGUGAUAUUUAAAGGUAAAACACUCCCCAGCUACAUUCUGGAGAGCAGUGCUGACACUGAGAGUCCCGCCUCCAAACCAGAGGAAUCCUGCUCUGCUUUGGAGAGGGGGGAGUGUGCAGCCAGCCUCCCCCUGCCAGGCACACAGCACGAGGAGGCUGUGGACACAGAGACAGGACUCCAGGGGGACACUGGCCAGGACCCAGAGUCCAUCCUGUCAGACUGGAGAGAGGACCUGGAGGCCUUCCAGCAGAUGGAGAAGGACGAGCUCUGACCACCCCUCUCCCAGGAACACACAUGGUACGAACCAGAACGAGGCAGAGGCAGCUCACUCUGGGAUUGUUCCAAAAGGACUCCAAAAAGCGGGGGAGGAGAGUCUGAGGGAACACAAACACUGUCUUCCAGAGUAUUACAAUAUUCUAUGUUUAUUUGACGGGGAGUAACUAAUGAACAGGAAAUCCAAACGCAGGAAUCGGGGGGGGGGGGGGGGGGCUUCAGGACCUCGAGCUGCAGCACCGUUAAACAGAUUCAAGUAAAUAUAAUCGAGAUGUAUUUUUUAUUUUUGGAUUAUCAUGGGCAGGGAUCUCCAGCCCUGGUUCUGGAGAGCUGCAGGGGCUUCUGCUUUGCAUUUCAACAGAGCUUUCACUCACUUCAUUGAACCAAUUAUUGUCUUAAUUAGUUCAGAUUAACAUGUUCCAGAUCAUUAGCCACUGAUGAUGUAAAGACACCUGGAAGACCUGCAGGACCGGGCUCUGCAGGACCUGGGUGCAGAUCCGGCUCCAGGGUUUCCAAUUGGCUGUGCAGUGGCUGAGCUGCUUCAUGCAUCCCCUUUCUGUUGAUUUCUUACUUUACUGUGAGCGAGUGAGAGUGAGCUGGUGAAAGUGAGUGAGUGGAAGUGAGCUGGUAGCGAUGUGACGGUCAUGCUUCACAUUCCCAGGGUCUGUCGGGAUCGAUCUGCACACAAGAAUAACAAUCCAUUCCCAGUCUCAUUUUUAACAUGCUCUUUUGUGCAUUUGAGCUGCCCACCAGCAGAGGUCAGUAUUGUCUGUUGUGCAUUCUUACCUGGCAUUGAGAGAGUGCUGGCGGUGUAGGACAGGGGCUUUCAUCUGCUGUAGAUUUGUAACUAGGGGAGGGGUGGGUGCUAACCUUGCUAAUAUGACUUGUUAUAUAUGUAAUUAGGUCAUUCUUAUUUUAUUUGAAGGGUGUAUAUUGUGGGCUGAUGGUUUAAAACCCUAAUGCUGCUUCAUCAAACAGGUUCUUUCAGCUUCCAUUGUUAGGAGCGGCUUUUAUCAUUUCAAUGCUGUGGCUGUGCCCCUGUCUGUCACCUUCAUCCCUGCGCAAACAAAGAAAUUUCUAUGCUGUACAUGUCCCUCAGGCAUGGCUGGUUUAACUAUGGGUUUAGUAAGACACCCCUGAGCUUGUGACCUACACACUGUGGCUACUCAAGCUCCUAGUAAAACCUGGAGCAGAUGACUCUGCUAUGCAGUAGGAGUCUUGCUUCCAUGGCUGGUACCAGACCCUGUGCAAUAUGAUCGCUGGAAGCCAGGCUUCUCCGGCACUGUUUCCAGAGUGUGAGGCGAGCUCCCUGAGGGAUUGUCCACAAUGUGUUCUGCUCCAGUCAGCUGGAGGUAUUCCAGUCCAGGUCUUUGUUCCAGCCACACCACCCUGAAUCCCUGCACAGAUCCUGGUAAUGUUAAAGACAGUGCCGAGCGCUCUGCUCAUGGAAACGUUUUGUUAUUUGGGACUUCAAAGGUUUUACUCUGAUCGUUCAGCAUCACAAACAAUGACUGAAAUAAUCCCCGUUCUCUUCAGCCCCCUGAAACAGAGGCUUGACUCUCUCCAGCUCCAACACAAUUAGAUCUGAACUUGUCCUGAUAGGCUCAAAAGUUGAAAAGGCAAUAUAUUAUUUAUCUGAUAUUAAAAAUGAAAACACUGCUGAUCAGGGUUCUAAUCUGGGGAGCGGAGGGUGUGAAAUAGUUUGGUCUUUUCUAAAAGGGGGAACACUACAGAUAACAGAAGUGAUUCUUUUUUGUUUGAUGCAAAAAAAAAAAAAGCUGAAUCGGAUUUGUGUAUAAAACCAGAUUAUUAUUUAAUAAUUGCAGUGAAUGUUUGUAUUCCUUUCUCUGAACUUUCCCUUCCUUUUAUAAGUACUGUAAUUAACAAAGCUGAAUUAAAGGAAAGUUGUUUCAAUGAAAUGCAAGUUUGGGGGUUUUGUUUGUUUCUAGCUGCUAUGCCUGGCUGAAUCGCGAUCUCUCUGUGCUCUAAUAUGUGCUGCAGUGAGGCAGCCCGCUAUACUCCUGCCUCCUGAGCACACGCUUAUCCAGAUACUGUCUAUAGGAGGAGGCAUGAGGCAGUGCAGUCUCAGCCAGGUCUCUCUGAGAUUCUGAUUGUCUUUCCUCUUCUCAGACAGCGACCCUCACCCAUGACCCUCAACUCUCCUCGCGGGAGAGGGUACCAGACUCCCCCCUAGCCCACUGCACCACCUGUCUCCUUGUGACUGCCUAGCAGUCUAACUUUGUAUAAGAGAUUCACUUCCCUUGUCAGAGAUCUCACACUGCUGGAGAUGAGAAUCCUGGCACUGGCUGCACAGUUGCAGUUUCAUGCCACUGAAGAGAGGAGGGAUUAUGACACACACCCAUUAUAGACCAGGGUCAAUGCUAGGAGUGUCCCUCGUCAAGCUGUGGAUUCUGAAGCUGCAUAGCAGACAUGAUUCCACUUCUAGCAGGUUGACUUUGUGUAAAGUUUCAUACCCCCUACCAUUGUAUUGUCUUCACUAAUUCAUUAUUACUAUUGAAACAACAGGAGCGCCAAGCCUUCCUCAAUAGGCAAAGCUAACGCUGCUGUUCAGGGCUCAGCAUGCCUCAGCAUUACAUGCAAGCACUUGGGCCCUCGGGUGCAAAGCAAGACAAGAACCUGGACGUCUUGGCUUUGCAGGAGUGAAGUGAGCUCUGUGAACACCGGCCUUUUCUUUCUGCAGAGGAAAUGGAAGAUUAGCCUGGAAAAGGACAGAGUUCUGAUCAAGGACAGGCAGUGGAGCACAAAAAGGCUUCAAAUCGUAGUUUGAAGUUCUAUGUAUGUGUUUGUAUUUGUACCUGUGAUUACUGCUUGGUUGAAUAAACAGAGUAAGC